AUGACUGCAAACAAGAUUAAAGUUAAGACACCAAUCGUGGAAAUGGAUGGUGAUGAACAGACAAGAAUCAUCUGGCAUUUAAUUAGAGAAAAACUGAUCUUGCCCUUCUUAGAUGUUGAUCUGAAGUAUUACGAUCUGUCUAUCCAAUAUAGAGAUGAAACCAGGGACCAAGUCACUAUAGAUUCCGCUAACGCCACUUUGAAAUAUGGGGUGGCCGUCAAAUGUGCCACUAUUACCCCUGAUGAAGCCCGUGUUAAGGAAUUUAAUUUGCAGGAAAUGUGGAAAUCACCAAAUGGUACAAUAAGAAACAUCCUUGGUGGUACUGUAUUUAGAGAACCAAUUGUGAUUCCAAGGAUUCCCAGGUUGGUUCCACAAUGGGAGAAACCAAUUAUUAUUGGUAGGCAUGCCUUUGGUGAUCAGUAUAGGGCCACCGAUACCGUCAUUCCAAGCGGUGGGCGCUUGAAGUUGGUCUUUGAACCAGAUUCUGUUGAUAAUGGAAACUCUCUCAGUUCCAACAGUGAGAAGAUUGUCCUAAAUGUAUUCCAUUAUCCAAGAGAUGGCGGUGUGGCUAUGGUAAUGUACAACACAAAGGAAUCAAUUCAAGGUUUUGCAAGGGCAUCUUUCGAAUUGGCUAUUGAAAGAAAAAUGCCGCUGUAUUCGACUACCAAAAACACUAUCUUAAAGAAAUAUGAUGGAAUGUUCAAAGAUAUCUUCGAAUCUAUGUAUGAAAAGGAGUAUAAGGCAAAAUUCGAGGAGUUGAGUAUUUGGUAUGAACAUAGACUUAUUGAUGAUAUGGUGGCUCAAAUGUUGAAAUCUCAUGGCGGGUUUAUUAUUGCUAUGAAAAACUAUGAUGGUGACGUUCAAUCUGACAUUGUGGCACAGGGUUUUGGCUCUCUAGGCUUAAUGACCUCGGUCCUUGUUUCUGCUGAUGGUAAGACUUUUGAAUCAGAAGCAGCUCAUGGGACUGUCACUAGACACUAUAGACAACACCAGCAGGGCAAAGAAACUUCGACAAAUUCUAUUGCCUCUAUCUUCGCAUGGACUCGUGGCAUUAUACAAAGAGGUAAGUUGGAUGAGACCCCUGAGGUAGUCAAGUUCGGCCAACUCUUAGAAAGUGCUACUAUCGGUACAGUUCAAGAAGAUGGAAUCAUGACAAAGGAUUUGGCUCUUAUUUUAGGAAAGACCGAUAGAUCAAGUUAUGCGACUACAGAAGAAUUUAUUGAUGCCGUGGAAAGUAGAUUAAUCAAAGAUUUUGAGAAAGCAUUCUAA